GUGUGAGAGCCACUGGGCGGGGGAUUAAGCCUGCAUCACGUGGCUCCUUUAGCUUCUUUUGCACACAAACACACACACUCAUUUCCAGAGGACAGACACACACACACACACACACACACACACACACACACACACACACAGUGAUCCUCUCACAUACACACUCACAGCUGUUGAUAUUCUUUCUCAAAUGAACGAUGAAGAGGAAAGGAGCGUGCGCAGGAAUCUAAGAGAGAAAGCUCUGCAGUUUGCUUACAUUUAGUAUCUAAAUGGAGUCUCCAGACAGACAAGUACCGUGAUUUGUAUUUCUGAUCGCUUGGGUUCAUAUCCGGCUGCUGCUCUCGUAAUCGUCUCUCCUGGUUUGCUCUGUGAGUCUCUGUGGGAGUUUUUCUGACAGCAAGCAAGAGGGAGAAAAAGACAUGGGCUUUUCUUUUUGCUUUGCCACCUACCACCCCUGCCAGUUCUCUCCUUUUCACUGACCAAGCAGGAAGUACAAGGUCAGAUUCACAGCAGCAGCCAUUCAGUGAAGAACUGGGAUGAGUGUCGACAGCCACCAGGGGGUUGUGACCACCCCUCCCCCACCCAGUGGCGGGAUCAGGGAGCGCUACUUUGACAGAGUCAACGUCAACGAUCCGGAGUACCUCAGAGCCAGGAAUAUGUCGCCUGAUCUCCGGCAGGACUUCAAUGUUCUGGAGCAGAAGAAACGAGUGACGCAGAUAUUGCAAAGCCCUGCCUUCAAGGACGAGUUGGAGAGUCUGAUCCAAGAGCAGCAGCGCAAAGGGAACAACCCCACUGGCCUGCUGGCCCUCAGACAGAUUGCUGACUUCUUCAUGGCGAGUUCAGUGGCCGGUUUCAGUACCGCCCCACUUAGUUUGGGGAUGGUCACUCCCAUUAACGACAUGUACGGUGUGGAACCAAGCACCAUGGUGAAGGGAGAGAAGCUGACACGCUGUAAAUUGGCCAGCGUCUACAGAGUGGUGGACCUGUUCAGCUGGGCCCACUUUGCCAGCUCCUACAUCACUGCCCGAAUCAGCAAAGAGCAAGAUCACAUCCUCAUCAUCCCCAGAGGACUGUCGUUUGCUGAGGCAUCUGCAUCAAACCUGGUGAAGGUCAACAUCAUCGGAGACGUCAUCGAGCAGGGCUCAACCAACCUGAGCAUCGACUCUGCUGGUUUCAGCCCCCAUGCUGCCAUCUACUCCAUGCGUCCAGACAUCCGUUGUGUCAUACACAUGCACACUCCUGCUAUGGCUGCUGUGUCAUCCAUGAAGUGCGGCAUCCUGCCCAUUUCUCAGGAGUCGCUCAUUCUGGGUGACAUUGCCUACUUCAACUACCAGGGCAGCCUGGAUGAACCGGAGGAGCGCAGAGAGCUGCAAAAAGCACUGGGGCCGACAGCAAAGGUUCUGGUACUGAGGAAUCAUGGCAUGGUGGGUCUGGGUGAGACCAUGGAAGAGGCCUUUCACUACAUCUACAAUGCACAAUACGCUUGUGAAAUCCAGGUGAAUGCCAUCUCAUGUGCUGGCGGCAUAGACAACCUGAUCUUGCUCGACAAACAGAAAUACAGAUUACGUGUGUACAAUGUGACCGCAGAAGUUUCCGGAAUCAUGCACAGUCAGGUCAAUUGGAAAAUCGGCGAGCUGGAGUUUGAGUCUCUGAUGAGGAUGCUGGAUAACCUGGGCUACAGGACAGGUCACACCUAUCGCCAUCCCAUUGUGCGUGAGAAGCCGAGGCACAAGAGCGACGUGGAGAUCCCCGCCACCGUCACGGCGUUUAUGUUCGAAGAGGACAUGGACGCGACGCGAUUGCCCUUCAAGUUCCUACAGCAGCGACAGCAGAGGGAGAAAACACGCUGGCUCAACUCGCCCAACAGCUACACCAAGGUCAACGUGGAGGGCGGAAAUGAGCGCUACAACCACAACAGGACAACCACAUGGAUGAAGGCAGAGGAGACUGGAACCCCAAUCUGUAUUGAGGACCCCAAUCAGUUUGUCCCUCUCAACACCGACCCCACUGAGGUGCUGCAGAAGAGGAACAAAAUUAGAGAGCAGAAUCGGUGUGAUGUGAUGACAUCAGGACCUCGGUCUCAGCACCUCGCUGGCAUCCCAGUUGAUCAACCACGACAGCCAUACGUGCCCACAGAGGAAGAACAGAUGGCCCCACUGCCUCCCAACCCUUUCAGUGAGCUGUCAGAGAAGGACCUGGAAGAGUAUCGCAAAAAUGUGGAGAGGGGGCAACUGGGUCAUGAUGGCGAGCACGAGCUAACCUCUGACGACGGCUCCACACUCUCUCAGUCUCUGUCACUCACCCAGUCACCACAAAGCACUCCGGCUGAACAAGUCAACCACUUGGGCCUGAUGAACGGCAAAGACCACCACUGCGACGUGGACGACGAGCUGUCCAAGCGCGUCAGCCAGCUGGACACCAGCGUGGAGAGCGUGGAGAUCACGGUGCGCUCUGGCGAGAAGAUCGAGGAGGUUCUGUCCCAAGAGAGCUCGCCAUCCAAGUCGCCCAACACCAAGAAGAAGAAGAAGUUCCGCACCCCGUCGUUCUUGAAGAAGAACAAAAAGAAAGAGAAGACGGAGGCCUGAGUGGGCAGGAAAAUGAGGAGGUGAAAGGAGGUGGCGGCCGUCUUUUUUUUUUUUGUCUUUUAUGUUGUCUUUGUUUUUCUGUCCUGUUAUGGUUUGGAUUAUUUUUAAAUUGGUAAAAAGGGUUUUAUAUGCAAAAGAGCAAAAAUAAGUAAUUAGGAAUUGUUGUGGGACGUUUGAAAGUGCAGCUGACCACACAUGCAGUACUUUGAAGCGGGCUCCCUGCAGGCUGCACCUUCAUGCAGGAUCCUCCUGUGUUGUCUUCUCAUCUCGUCGUAAUCUAAACAAUUGGAUUGCAGCAAAACUGCACUGUAGGCGUACUGCGGCCUCCUUGCCAUCACUAAGAGGCUUCAUGAAGUCACACUGGACACGUUCUCUCGCUCAGUGGCCACAGGGUACAUACAGUACAUGUUUACUCCUUGUAUUCAACAUCACUGCACCAGCAGCAGCAGCUCACAUUCCACUGGAGUCAGAGUUGCGCACCAUUUAGCGUUGACAUCUCAAAAAGAGUCACCAGGAUACCCCAUCCAUCCAUCCAUCCAUCCAUCCAUCCAUCCUUUUUCUAUGCCGCUUAUCCUGACCAGAAUACUAUACUAUGUAUUUAUGUAACAUUUCACUUUUUCCCUUUUUGUUUUUUGGGCUUUUUUGGGGGGUGUAAAGCGGAAUUUUAGUCAAGUAGAAGUCAUCUCAUGAAAUCUGAUGUUUUUAUUGAGCGUUUGCGUUUAGUCGACAUCCUUUUCUACUCAUUUCUAAGCUUUUCCAGGCGCCGACUUUGUGUCUUUUUUUGUGAGGAGUGCAAAUCUACGGUCUGAUGGCUCACAGCAUAUACUAAAGUAGAGCACACACAGUUACUGUAUAACACAGAUACUGUACAUGACAACUGGAUAUGUCUGCUAUAGAUUUGUAGCUUUAUUUUUGUAUUUCAACGUGCUGCACUUUUGUUCGUGGUAUGUAACCCGUUGUAGCAGCUGGUAGUUCGACCAGUGAAGGGACUGGCAAGUAUUUGGUCAAAGUUGUGCACGAAGUAGCAAAGCCUGGAAGGCCUGGAAAUGAAGCCAAGCGAGGACCCAGAAUGUGGUUAGCAAUAAGAAGGAAACAAAAGUCUUUCAUGGCUGUGUGAAAUGAUGUCUGAGCUCAGCAAAAAGUUAAAAAAAAAAAAAAUCAGGAAGUGUGGUGCUGAUCCAUCAUGUCUAAUAAUAUGAGAAUCGCAAGGACUAUUAGGGCCUCACUGGAAAGGAAAAUAAUUGUGAAAAUGCCGCUUGUGGUCAUUAGAGUCGCAGGGGUAUGCUGGAGCCUAUCCCAGCUGAAUUUUGGUCAAGAGUACACCCUGGACUGGUCGCUAGCCAAUCGCAGGGCACGUACUGGAUAGACAAAUACGCUCACAUUCAUACCGCCAAUUAACCAAUUAUUGUUUUUGGAACGUGGGGCGAAACCCGGAGAAAACGCACGCACGGGGAGAACAUGCAGACUCCACACAUCAUAGAUCGACGCCCAAGCGGAGAUUGGAACACAGGUCUUCCCCAUCUCCUGACUGUGUGGCCAACAUGCUAACCGCUCAGCCACACCGGAUGAAAAGCUUUCAUGUUAGGAUCAAAGUUGUAUUUUUUUCAAGAUUGUCAUAAUAAUUGUGAGAAUAAAUUAGAAUCAUUUUGACAAGUGCAUGUCAAAUUUCCAACACAAAUCGAAAUGAAACAGUCCUGCCUGAAACUCACCGUGAAGUACUUCUUUAAUACACCUCUGCUUGAUGAUGAUGAAGCUGUUCACACUAAUAUACUUGUUACUUAUACAACGUCAAGGAAAACUGCACUUGUUUUGGAAUGUUGCCCAUCAUCCACAAUCCUUAUGUGAGACAUGAUCACACGUCUUUCCCGUUUCUGUGUGUGCUAAAGCUAUAAAAACAGAGUCCGCUAUUAAAACACCUCCAAAAACCUCCAGCCAGGUUUUAUGGUUUUAUAUACAUGCUGUGACCAUGUAGUAACAGGUACAUUCAUGAUAACAUGUAAUACUUUUAUAGUAUUUUGCUGUAUUUUGGCCAUUUUUAAGCAUUUAAGCAACUUCUUCGUCGGCGCAUUGAUUUCACACAGCAACAUAGAAAGGAAGCCCGACACCUAGCGUUAACGUAAACAAACUCGGACAUAAAAACACAGCAGCAGUGGCGUCAGCUCUAAUAUGUAGUCUUACCUUUUUAGUAGUGGGCUCAGGCGUUGUGAGCGGGACGCUGAUGUGCUGCAGGCGAGUCUGUGGUGAAGUUAGUUGCUAGCCGGCUAGUAGCUAGCCGGUGUGUUCCGGCUAAGUGUCAAAUGUAGCAGUAACGUAGUUCGAUUGGCGUAAGAAUGUUAAUAAUAACAAUGUCGCUGUAGCCUGGUUAAUAUGUACGUCACAUUAUAUGGAAACGGAGCAUUGUUGGCGCUUUUUGGGGUAUUUUUCAGCGAGCUUUAUAGGCGGAAUAAGUGGUUCCCAUAGUCUCCUAUUAUGAAGGUCCUGUGUUCGAGCCCCGCAGUGUGAAGCAGGCGGGUUACGAAUGCUUUUAUGCCUUGGAAACUGCAGCAAUGUUUAUGUAAAACUUCCAAGUGUAUUCUCAUUACUGUAUUACAACUUUUUCUCGUAAAAUGACCCCAUCGUAUUUGUCAUAGUGCUGCAACUUUAACUCCAAAAAUGCCCCUUUUUUGUCCUAUUACAGCUUUUUUUUUUUUCCUGUAAUGUUACAACUUUAUUCUGGUAAAAUUGGGACAUUUUUCUUAGGAUAUUACACUUGACUGUUUUAUUUUUACGACUUAAAGUCCAUAAUUCUUGUCAUUUAAAUUUUAACAUUUUUUCACCAGGAAAUUCAAACUUUCUUCUCAUAACCCCGACGUGAUUCUUGUAAAAUUUUAAUUUUAUUCGUGCUUUUUUUUUUUCCUCCCCCAUAAAAUUACACGGUUCGUCACAAAAUUUUUACUGAAAUUUGAGGACAUUAUUCUCGUAACGUUAGCUUUAUUCUUGUACUUACUAAAUCAAUUUUCAAAUGUACUUUUUGGUACAAUCACAUCUUUUUCAUUGAAAUAUCGCAACCUUAUUCUCAUGAAAUGUAUUUAUAUCAACAUAUUACAUUUUUUGUCAUAAAAUAAAUUGGAAAAUUAGAACUUUACUCUUGUACUGUUUUGACUUUAUUCUCAUGAUUCUGCCGUAAUUCUUAUUAAACCAUUAUCUUGUAAAAUUGUCAUUUAAAAACUAAAUUAUCCUAAAAUUAGGAUUAUUUUAAUCUAUAAUAUAAAUGUAAUAUUUCAAUUCUAUGAUUUUAGAAUUGUUUCUUCCCAGUGUGGCCCUAAUAUUGGGUAGAGAAUGACGAAGUGUGAAGCAGUGUUGACUUUUGUAAAGCGUGUUUAUAAAGAAAUAUAUAUGUAUGAGUGUGUGUUUAAAGCCAUAUUCUAAGUAGUCCAUGUUGGAAGGGGUUGUGUGUUGACUGCCCCUGACAGGACCCCAUGUUGUGUCACCGUCGUGGCUGCAUGGACAGCCCUCAGGCAGCGUAACAACGCAACAAAGGUUUUACGUUGAAUUGGAUCACUCUACAAGCACAUUUCACUCCCUAAAGCCUGCCCUGUGCAACCUGUUUAAUAGUUUAGGAAAUGUCAGAAGAGCCACAGUCGACCACCACCACUGCCUCCCUGGCCGUGUACCGAUAUCCCAGCUUGCAAUGUGAACUAGUGGAUUUAGAGGGAAGGCUGCGUCUUUUAGCUGUGUCCAGCAUUUGGUUUAUUUUUGGGGUGGGGGGGUUGGCCAGCAGCUGGCCGAGGUCACGCAAGUGAAAGAUGGAGAAGGGUGAGUUUGUACCAACAAGGAGACACCAGCGUGGUUACAUCCUCUUCCAUACCACCUCUCCUCCUGCAAAAUGGAUUUGUUGUGGUCAUGCUCCAUUUUUAUGGCUUUCUUUAUUCUCCCAUUAGUUUGCAGAGAGCUCUAUAUUGUAGUAGUUUUGUUUAUUACGCAUUUUACGAGCACAGAUUGCUCCCGGAUGAACUGAUUUCUUUGCACUUUGCGUUACUAAUGCCUCUCCCUCUACCCCAUUCUCUGGUUAAAAAAAAAGAAACACACACAAAAAAAGAACACACUUUGCUUUGGCGCGCCACAAUGAGCCAAGCGACUUUGUGACCUGUGAACCUUCACCUAUAAAUGCUAAUCUAAUAGUUGUAUUGGUAAUCGGUGUACAUUCACAAAUAAACUAUUUUACCAAAA